UACAAUUGGAGAAGAAUUUCAUUAUUUUAUUUAUUUAAUGACAAAAGGAAAUCCUUUAAACGACGAAGAUGCUCAGUUGGAACACAAUAAAUCAUCAAAAUACUACUGGUUGAAUGACCAAACAUUGGACAAUGUAAUAACAUAUUCUCAAAGCGACAAUGAGGAUGAUGACACAUUUCUAUUAAAAAUAGAUUUAUAG